UCUCCCUCUCCUCCAUGGCUUUAUAUACGAACCUUCCCUCCCUCUAUCCCCACAGCAUUCACAACAGAGACCCGGCCUAGCUAGCUAGCCUGAUCUACAUCUCUUUCCCUCUCUUAAUUCCAUAUUCAAAACCCAUUAAACACUUUCAAAGAUUCGGUACACUGUUUCAGAAACCCAUCAAACACUUUCGAAGAUGGCCAAAAACGGGAAGCUAACAAAGCUCAAGUCGGCCAUAAAAAGAUGGCCUUCAUUCCCCAAGCUCACCCGCACCGCCAGCUCCGUGGCUGCCGCAAACGAAUCCGAUCAGGCGUCGAGGGAACUUCAUGCUGUUUACGUGGGAAAGUCUCGGCGGCGAUACCUUGUAAGCUCCGAAAUCAUUGAGCACCCUCUCUUUCAGGAGCUGGUGGACAAGUCGUCGACCGGUGAACAUAAUGAUGGGGUAGCGGUUGCUUGUGAGGUGGUUCUGUUUGAGCACUUGCUGUGGAUGCUUGAGAAUGCUAAGACUCAGUUGGGGUCCAUGGAUGAGCUUGUUGAGUUCUACACUUGCUGAAUUCGAGUACUGCAGUGAUGAUGAUAAUGAUCAUGGAUGAUCAAACUCCAACAAGAUUCAACGAAUUAGUUUGUAAAGAUUAUAUGAGUAGGGUUAAUGGUAGCCAUUAGUAAUAUGCGUGUAUUAAUGUUUGACCGUUGGAUGAAUAUUUAUAACCCAUUUCAUUUUAACGGAGAUCGUGAUGUUAAAGAAUUGAUUAGGCUGGUUGUAAGGAACUCUUAUUCAUCAUUAUUUUGAAGAUUUGUUACCACUUUAA